CGCCGAGUCGCUCUGUAGAUUUGAUAAAACCGGUUGCUGGCAGUUGGGCACUUCGGCACUUCCGCGUGGGACCUUGAAAGUACUGUUGCAGAAUGACAAGCUCAAACAAUUUAAAUUUUGAAUUAGGAAUCAUGAAGACAAAAACUUCUGACGCGUCAGCAUUUCCCGCCGAAUACCAAAAAUCAAUCCUAAAGUUGGUACCGAAAUACUGAAACUCGUUAUCCUCAAAACGCAGAAGCAACAGAAGGAGAGACAGAGAAAAACGAUGGAUCUAAAACAAGCAGGUUCUUCACUUGAUUCUCUCAUAUCCUCCUUCAAUACACGAAUCCUCGAGCUUCAAGAAUUAGUUAUUGGUCGCAACAUGUAUGCUGCUACUAGUAUAUCAGAUCUAACUGCAGUUGAUACGGCAGUUAAAGCUAUGGAAUUUCAGAUGGAAACUAUCAAAAAUCGAUUGAGAGAAGAAGCUCAAGCAAUUCCUAAAGCUAAAAAGCUGAUUGAUAUGUCUCUGCGCCAACAAAAGAAAUUAGAGCAUAUGUUUGCUCAUAUGCCCUCAAAAUUAUCCCAAAAUCUCAUGAUUCCAACUUCGAAUCUUAAUAGCCAAAUGCAAGACACGUCUACUUACAACCUUCCCAUUGGGGGUUUGAAACUUGAGGAGGAUCAGCCUGCUGCUGUACAGCCUAAGGAGAAAAAGGGCCGCGGCUCUGCACCACUAUGGUAUGUCACUGCUGAGGAGCUUGACUCAUUAUCAGCUUAUAUGAAGGGGAGACUCACGCUGGACAAAGUGAAUGCAGCUAUUAAUGACAUGGCUGCCUAUGCAGAGACAAAUGCUCAACUUAUAUCAGCUCCAAAGAAGAAGCUAGCGGAGAAUACGUGGGAAAAGGCUCUUGAACUAAGGGAUAUUGCAAUGACAGAAGCUGUGAAAGGAAAAUUCUUCUUCGUGGAGUUAGACAUAAAAGGACCUUCCCUGAAGCUUGACAAUACUGGAAAAUCGAUUUUAACUGUUCUUCGUCAUCUUGGUCGCAUUAACGAGACUAGAAUUGGGCAUCAUCGUGUUAUCAUCUUAUCAAAGCCACAGUGAUUUGCAACUUUCUAACUUUUCACAUGAGUAUUUGAUGUACAAGGUUUGGCUUUUAAGAGCAGAAAGGAUUAUCAGCGAUUGAACAAAGAUUUCCACCAUGAGCGCUUACCAACGACCUUGGAUAUGUUUUUCCACGCUUUUGCUUUUGAAUACUUUGCUUUUUUUAUGUGCACUGGCUAUUUUCUUGUCCAUUAUUGCCACCGCUUUGAGUCUUUCACGCUCCAUUCAUCAUCAAUAUUCAAAUAUCAGGAAAGGUAACUUUUUUAUUAAAAGACAACCC